AUGGCGAAGCUAAUGACGUCUCUCGUUGUUCUUCUGGGAUUCAGUUGUUUCGCCUUCUGUAAUGGUUUCGAAGUCGGAAAAGAAUAUGAGUACGCAUAUGGGGGCAAUAUGGUGCACCUGGCGUCCCAAAUGCCGACUCAGAACACAGGGUUUGCAUUCCGCUCCAAUGUUCGAGUCCAGAGAGUUGACGAGUUCAGCUACGCCCUGAAAAUUGAAAACUUCGAUGUUUCGUUUGCCAACAACCGAGAAUCCAAAAUGUGGUACCACGGAGACGACCUCAAGUACGAGAGGAGCCCGGAUCUGAGCGCCGUCUUGGAGAGACCAUUCGUGAUGCGAUUCGCUGAAGACAGUGCGAAACCGGGAACUUACAAGUUCCAACAACUAGAAGUGCCCGCGAAGGACCCAUUGUGGUCCCUGAAUCUGAAGAAAGGCUUGGCUUCUUUCGUGAAUUUCAAUCUACCGCUGAACGACGCACAAACGUACAGAUCUCACGAAUCGACAAUUCAUGGGGACUGCAAUGCGUAUUGGACUCUCGAUCACAAUCCUCACUGGACCAAUCCAUCGGCGAAAGUGAUAAAUCUCACACGGGUGAUCAACUUCGAUGAAUGCGUCACCGUGCCGUACAAAGUUUACGGAUCUUUGAAAGCCUCGAUGUGUUCCACCUGUGAGGAUACAAUGACGCACCCUCUCGAGACGAGGACCAGAACGACGUACUCUCUCGUUUCGAAAACCGGCAAUCGUUCCGAUUCGAUCCUCGAACAUGCCGUCGAUUAUUCUAAGCUCCAUCAUGCGCCCUACACAGAGAAUGGCAAUAUGGCGAAGGUGCUCACCAAGCAAGAGGUCCGCUUAAAAUCGACGAAGGACGUGAGCGAGAAGCUGGAAAUUGCCGGAGACAAGCAAGUCUAUCAGACUCUCAACAUGGAACUCGCGAAAGACCGAAGCAUCCGACGGAAAGUCGACAUGAAGGCGGCCGAUAGUAUCGCGCAAGAUUGGGGCAAGCAGGGAAGCGCUGAGCAUGUCAUCAAAGAGAUGGAGAAGCUGGCGAGCGCGAAGGUCCCAACAGAACCUUAUAAAGCUCCCGGAAGCUUUGAUGAAGCCGUUGUAUCCAUCAAUUUAUUGGAUUACAUUGGUACCGAGAAAGUUUUCGAAGCCUUGGUUGCGACCGCCCCCGAGGGGAAGAGGUUGAAAAUGCAGAAACUGUUCGUCGAAGUGGUGGCGGCAUCCGGUCAUAAUGCCGGCACGCUGCUGCUCAUCGAAAAAUUCAAAUCUGGAGAGAUCGAUACUCGUUUCGUCGAGAGUUUCCUCGGAGGUUUCCAAGUGGGCCAGACCGAGAUAACUGAGGCAGCCCUGAACACGCUGUUGGACUUCUGUAAUUCUGGACUCAUGCAGAGGUUCGAUCAAGAGAGGAACAAGUGCCUUCUGACCUACUCCUCGAUGAUCAGUGAAGCCUGCAGGUUCCCGGAAAUAGCUCCCAGAUUCAAUAUCCCCGAAUGUUCUGGAGAGGAGCUUCAGAAGAGUGCUUUCCGGAAGUUGAUCCCGGAGUACGAAACAGCGAAAGGAGAUAUCAAUCAUUUCAGAUUGUUCGUCAAUGUUGCCGCUAAUCUUGCCACGAGAGAAUCGGCUGAAUUCCUCUUGAGGGUAAUUGGGGAUGACACCGUGGACUCAUUGACCAAAAUGGAUGCUGCACACGGCUUGGAGAAGAUCCUGCCGAGGCAUCGGGAAAUCAUCCAGGAGAAGAUGCUCGGAAUCUACAUGAAUCGAGAGCAAGCCACUGAUUUGCGCAUCCUGUCAGCCAUGAUACUCUUCAAAAGCAAGCCGUCUCUGAGCCUCCUGCAAGCGGUGACGCUUUAUCUCAUGCAAGAAAAGAAUGACCAAGUUCGUUCUUUCCUAGUUUCGAUGAUCAAAGAGAUCGACUCCAACGACUACCCUUGCUUCCGCGCACUGCGUCAGGACAUCAGAUACAUUGCUCCUAUCGUAGCCGACUUCUUGCCGUCUGAAUGGAAAAGGAAGGAUUUCCUCACGUCCUACAUGAAACUCUCUUCAUUCUAUGAUUCCAAAUACGACAUGGGAAGUCACUCGAAGUUCUCGAUGGUGAUGGGGGACUCCUACGUACCCCGCGAAGUUACCUACAGCAUGAGUCAGUACUUCGCCAACUUCUUAUUCGAGUCGGUCAACAUCGCCGUCCGACAGCAGGGCAUGGAUUCGCUGACCGAUCACUUCUUCGGUCCAAGAUCCAUGGGAACCACGCUGGGCUCGAAUUUAUGGCACGUCGGCGGUGGGAGGAGACUCACUCGCAGGUCCGCAGAGUCCGUGAGACAGAAGAUGGAAGAAAUCGAUUCCACCAUGAAGAUCAAAAGCAAGAGAUAUGAACCCAAACAGUUGGAAAUAACUUUGGGAGCUUUCGGGCAUACAUUGGAUGUCAUAAGUCUCAACGAGAGUCAUCUUUCGGCCUUUAUGUCACCUGAGUAUGCACCGGGAACCCUCCUGAACCAUCUUCUGUCAACUGACGUAGAAGACGUCAGCCACUCUAACUUGCGGGACUUCGCUCUCGUCAUGCCCACAUCGUUCGGCAUUCCGGUGUGGCUAGAAGUGAUGAUGCCGACAGCCACCUAUCUGAAACGGGAGAAGUCCUCGUUCAGCAUCGACAAAACGGGAACGAUGAAACUCAAGCUAAAUCAGCACUUCAUCGUAGAGGGAUUUCUGACCGAAACGAUGGGUAUCGAGUUCAUGGGAUUCAAUCGUAACUUGGGAGUUGGCUUCGAUAAAAACUUCAGAAUUAACGCUCCCUUGAAUCUCGAUAUCGAUUGGAACAUCGCGAGCGGCAAGCUCACGAUCAACGAGGAUGUCAAGCUACCAAAUGACUUCUUGCGGUACUCGUUCGUGCCAUACACAGUUCUUCGAGAUUCUCGGAAUGCGUCCGACCACGGGGCUCUUAAUCUCUACAAAGACGGUGAAUUGGCGAAAUUCGAGAAAGUCACCGCAUUGGGCGGCGUCAGCAUGAAGACCAAGGGUAAGACCCUUCCCACCGAUUCGUUCUCCCCGAAGCAUUUCUUGGGCUGGAUCUUCGAUAACAAACUGAGCAAGAAAAUCAAUGAGCUGCUCUGCAACCCGGAAUGGAUGCCUCGCGAGCUCGAGGUUUCAUUCGAACAGCCUGAGAACGCUGUACUCAAGGGGCAAACGCUAUCGAUCAAGCAUAAAAUGACGCCGCCGUCGAAAGCCGAGAAAGCGAAAUCCCUGUUCACGGAGCACUCAGAGGACCUCACCGACUCUUUCACGCACGUGAUCCAGGUCAUCCAGGUUCUGCGAGGAGAGCCGGAGAAACAAUCGGAGCUAGAAGUGCGUUAUUCUUACACUCCCAAACGCGACCACCAAUGGCUGCACGUCUUCUUCGCGGGCGAGUCGUUUUCGGGUAAGCCGAAGAAAAUGUGCUGGGCCUCGAAAAUUCAACGGACCCAAACAGAUUGGAGCAAACGAUCGGCAGCAGAAAUUGACAGGAUCAACGCCGAUCAAAAUAUUCGCGUGAUCACGGACAUUCGUUAUGGCGAAGAAUGCGAUCCCAAAUCCACGAUCCGUUUGAACAUGAUGUACGAGCACAGUGAGGAACAGAAACAAUGGUUGAAACAGCUGGCAACGGGAGAUAGCGGAAGCCGAGUACACGGCCUGGAAAAUCCUUACGUGAAGAAUUAUAAGGCGUGUGUCGGAGGGUUGACCAAAGGAAUGGUCCUCCCGAUCGCGUGUCACAAAUUCAUGGUCCACUCAAGUCAGCUGAACCAAUUGACUGUGAAAAUCUCCGGAGCUGAUUCAAUGAGACUCGAGGACUCUCCAUUCAUAACGGGCGCUCCAGGUUUCAUGGUUUCAAAGUUGGGCCGGCAUUUGGGCUCCCUUGAGCAUCUCCCAGCUCCGCGCAACGAAAUUUUCAUAAAAUCCGUGGUGCGCGAGCCCUGCAUCGACCAGAGAGUCGCCGACGUUGAGAUGGAGGCUCUGCACUACAAAUUGCUCUUCGAGAACCUACCGGUUUCGUGGGGAGCUCACUGGGCGCCUAGGACAGCGACGCAUAUGGGAACCUCUAACUUGCAGAGCUACUUCAGGAAGUACUAUAACCGUUACUGCGAUCACCAGCUGAAAGGCGUUCGAACAUUCGACCGUGUUAUGUACAAGGUUCCUGAGACCACGUGUUGGAAAAUUCUGACCGAGGAUUGUUCGGAACAGAAGAUAUUCUCCUUACUCACCAGGACCACCACCAAAGGCGAUAAGGAUAUCCAAUUGUUGUUGAACACCCAUGAAAUCGAGAUCACCUAUCCUGGGGAUGGAAUUCAGCUGAAGAUCGACGGGGCUGACCAGGGCGCAUUGACGGAGGACGAACCGAAAGUUGUAGAAAACGAAGACGGAAUCCUCGAGUUCGCCGUCGUAGCCGCCGGUCCGGUCGUAAUAAUCAACGCUCCGAUCUACGGAUUGUACAUAGUCAGUCACACGAGCUCGGUGUUCGUGCAAGCGGCUCCCUUCUAUCGUGGUAAACUCUGCGGACUCUGCGGGAACUUCGACCUCAACGCACAGAACGAUUUCCACACGACCGAUGGUUGUCAACAUCAUACAGAGUGGUCGUUCGCUCAGAACUUCGUGAUUCCUGAUUCUGAAUGCAGAGUCCCAGCGAGAGCGAAUUCGACGGAGAAAUCGAAUUGCGUGUGAGGUGACUUGAAGCUCUGCGGCAUGCGUGCUGUGAUACGUGGUAUGUUGCAUUCAAUAAAGUGGAGGCGUACAGCCAGUAAUUUUCA